UCAAUGUUUCAUGCAAGUCUAGAUACUGCUUUUAAAGGCCAUCACCUUAACAUUUUUACCUUGUCGAUCAGCCAACACGCUUUGCCACUUUUGGCACGUAGUUUUUGUAAUGGAUCCUCGUAAUUAGCUAAUUAUUUUGAAGAGAAAAAAAACCUCUCUCCGGAAGUUGGAGUUUUAUUCUGUGGGGAGAACAUGUUAAUUUUUAGGGUGAAAGUAUUGACCUCAUGGAUUGAUGUAAUUUUUGAACAGUUCAAACAUUUUCUUGUCUAAUCAGGCUCAGUUAAAGAGCUGUGUUAAUAUUACGGAGGGUAUUUGAUACGUGAAAAUUUUACAUAUCAAACGCAGUCUCUGUUCAGUGUUUCGACGGAAUUUAAAUACCAAAGAAAAAUGAAUGUAAGAGGAUUUGAGCUAUGUAGACAUUAUCGAAAUGAAAACUUUAUGAAAGAAAAUAACUCGGUAGUUGAACAGGUUCUGUCGAAUUGCCUAGUCCGUGCAGUCCAUACAGCGAGCUGUCGGAGUUUAUUAAGAGCCUAUAUCGAGUAUGUUAUACUACUGAUAUAGAUUUCUGAAGCCUUCAUUAAUGUCUGUCACACGUAGAGGAUUUUUAAAAAAGAUUUAUGAAUUCAUUUCAUAUGGCAUUUUUGUGCCAAAUAUAAAGGAGACGGAACAAACUGUUGUGAAGGAAGCGAUUUAAGAAAACCCGCUUACUAUACGGAGACGUCCAAAGUUUUCCAAAAUGGUUCUUAGAGAAGAAACAGUGAUUCAUGUGAAGUCUUUGGUAAAUCAGAUGGAAAAGGCGGCGGAUUUGAACCAUGUUAAGGAAGUGGUUGGAUCGGGAACUGUGAACAACAAACCACCGGAAGCGUUCCGUCCUAGAAGCCGUACAUCCAGUGUAUCUUCUAGAGCUUCCGGUGUAGACCGUGUUAACGCAUGUAUGGCCAACAAUCUCUUCCAUUCAGCUGUCAAGGGAAGAUUCAGGAAAGUGAAGCUGAUUUUGGAUGGAGGGUACAAGAUCAACAGCAGGAAUAACUAUGGCUACAGUGUUCUGGUUGGCGCUCUUCAUAUAGACUGUGAUGAGAAACGUAGAAAGAUGUUUCGUUAUCUUAUUUCGCGGGAAGCAGAUCCAAAACAUAAAGAUUCCAAGCACCAAAGGUCCGUUUUGUCAUGGGCAGCUAUUCUUGGUCGUGCUGAACAGGUCGAACUGUUACUGGAGGUACUGAACGGUGACCAUGACCUUACCGAUAAGGACACGGAAGGGAUGACUGUUCUACACCAUGCCACGCAAGGUGGUCACGUCAUAAUAGUUAGAAGAUUGGUGGGAGAAUUCCGUCGUUAUCGGUUGUCAGUUGAUGUCUACGAUAAUCUAGGAUUAACACCCUAUCUCCACGCUAAGAGACUAGGUUACAAAGAAAUCACGGAUAUCCUUCUUAAAGAUGGCAGGGCUUGUCCUGGCCAGUCUGACAGUUUCACUUUUAGAAGUGCUGAGGAGUGGUCGGAUAUUGGACAGUCAUUAAAAGAGAAACAAUUCAACCAGAAACGAAAAUCGAACUUUGAAAGAGCUGCAAUUCUUGGAAGCAGCAGAUUGCUGAGAUCACAUUAUAAUUUGUAUGAAACGCCAAUGAUACGUGUGACUGCACCAAAACCGGAAGAUACUGCAGAUAAUGAUAAAACUACGUAUUUUAUUGUAAAAAAAGAUCCACCGUUGCGCUUGCAACCACAGCAUGUGAGAGAAAACUAUACAGCCCCACCAUUCUCAAAAUCCCAACCAAGUAAAGCUUUGGUAACAGACCCAAGGGGUGCCAGAGAAACCUCUAAAUCUCUCCCUAACCAAACUUUAUCACUGCUUUCCUUAACACCUGGCGCAAGGCUAAAGGAGCCAGAGAAGUUCCACAAAAGUGAACUCGAUUUAUCGAAGGUUGACACAAAAGCUAUGAAACAUGGACAUAACGUCACCCUAGGAUCGUUUAUGAAAGUUCUGUCUGAACAGGAAACGUCAUCAUACCGACCAACAAUAGUAGAGAGUCCCCAACAUUUGGAAAUACCGCGCUUGCGCACAAAGAAAGACUCCACAUUUGCUAGCAUAUUUGGUAAGAAAAGAGGAUGCGAAAAAAAUAAAGGAAAAAAGAAAAGAGGUUCUGCAAAAUCAGUGAUGUGCACUGGAAGCAAGAAGGCGAUACGAGUUUAAUCAUAUUUUUAGCUCAGUCGAACCGAAGGCAAAAGUAAACUUUUCUAUUCAAAAUUCGUCUGUCGUCGGUGAUAUUUUAUGUUUCUACUUCUUCUCAAGAGCUACUGCUCUAAUCCCAACCUUUGUAACAAAGCAUCAUGGUGAUAUUGGGAUUCAAGUUUCUUCAAUCAAAGGAUUGGGGCAAUAAGGAUAAAUGUUUGAAAUAUUAUUCUUGUCAAAAUUUAGUACUCGCUGUACUAGAAACGCCAAAAGUUUGAAAGUGUGAAAUCUUCAUUAUAAUGAAGAUUCGAGUUUGUUCAAGCCCUCCAUGACACGUGGGACCAGAUCACACAAUAGACUUUUAUUUGAAAUUUAAAAUAAAACCUUUUUAAGAUUCACAGGGUUGAUCAUGGAAACACCUUCAUAAAGUUUAGUUUCAGUUUAUUCACACUAGAACCAAAGAACCAAAAAUUCAUAAGGUUUAAAAAAUUUCUACGAAAUAUAUCCGAUUUUCUAAAAGUCUUCCUCUUUAAGAACCAUUGUCACAUUAAGGUUCAAGUUUAUUCAACCAUGACCAGGGUAAAGAGUCACAGCAAGGGGUGUAAGUGUUGCACAGGAAUAUGUAGUUGACGACAUCUUAAGACGUUUCUUCUCAAGAACAACAUGCAAUUGAACAUGUCAAAUCUUAUAUGCAAGUACCCUCGUAUUGUUAUUUUAAGUUUCUCUGUGCCAGGACCUUCAAAUCUAGGGGUGGGAUCACAGCAAGGGUUUAAAUCUUCACAUGCAAAAUGCAACAAUUCAGGUGCGCAAUGUGGUCCAUAGACCUUUUGUACUUCAUUGACAUAUGAUUGAUUAUAUGUCAUCAACAUAUAUAUUUUACUCUUGGAAAACAUGUAUAUUAUUUCUUUUAUCAGAAUCCACAUUUUUCUAUAGGACGUUCUUUGGUGUACUUAAUGGACAAUAAACGAAUUAUGGAACCAA